AUGUGGAACCCGGACGGCAGUGGCCGCCAUGCGCCAGUAAACCUCUCCACUGCCUCCGCGUCCUCCUCCUCGGCCCUCCUCACCUCGAUCAGAGCCCAACGACAGGCGAGAGAGGAACUCCGGGCCCGCGAACACGCCGCAACAACUAUCCAGCGCGUCUGGCGUGGACGGCAGUCGGCCGCUCAGACUCAUGAGCAAAUCUUGCAAAGCCUGGAAAGCGGACAAGUGACAAGUGUUGAGAAGGGUGCCAGGAGUCUCCUGCUGCUCCUGUCGACCGGAGGGCAGCGCGAGCGGGUCGGACAAGUGCUUGAUCAGUGGUGUGCCGCUGCUGUCGUCGAUGUGUCUGGGACACCAAUGUUUGCCACGUCGUUCCAGUCUCCAGGAUAUCUAGCUGUGCUGCCACUGGUUAUGGCCCGCAUACUGCGCUUUGUCAGCGGAGCACCAAGAACGGCUCUGGCUGCACGCCUGUUGACCUCGCUCGAGGCAAUGCUCUCCCCGAGCGCAUAUGUAUCGCUUACUCCGGCUGACCGUGCCGACUUUGUCAACGUCCUCGCUCAACAGCGCUGGGUUGAGACGCUGGACACUACCCUACAGAUUCUCGUGGCCGCCAGCCCGCCAAAGAAGAAGAACCCCCUUCUCGUCCCCGUUGUUCGACUCAUUGUGGCCCCGCUAGCCCUCUCGCCAGCGACGGCCACCUCGCCAAUGGUCCAACCGCUCCUGCAGCUCCUGGCCAUCCCGGCGCUCCUCACCUCCAUCCCCCUUGCCUCCCUUACCCACCUUUCGUCGACUCUGCCUCUUUUCUCAGUUCUCCUCCCAGCCGCAGGUGGCAACCCCGCAUUAUUAUCACAGGGAAGCCUGAACUCGGACCUCGGCCGCGCAGCCUUCCUCGCCAACCUGGCCACCUUUGGAAUCACGGGCGGCAUGCUCGCUCGCCACGGCGCUAGGGGUGCGGCAGAUUGGAUACGUGUUGUCGGCAUUGUCCUGGGCGGCCUCGGCGAAGGAUGGGGACGUUGGGCGGAGAACCGCAAACCCACGGAAGAGCUGCCGCCAAUUGACAGUGACGACGAAGCGCCCCGCAGAGCUCUGGCUCCCGCUGUCGACAUUCCGCCCAACGUCAGCACCAAGCUCCUCCUCCUCGCUGCACCUGCACACUUGUCGACUCUGGCAGGGUUUGUGGUCAAUGGCCCUCCCUCGCUCCUCCAGGACUACUCGGCGUUUGUCCUCGGCAUCCUCCACGCGUUCCGCGGCUCGCCUCGGUGGGAAGGCACCCUUGACUCCGUUAUGGAGGGCAAGCGGGGACGCGCCCUCCUCAAGUUACUUUGGCGUGAGGGUGUCCGUGGUCGCUGGUCUAGCGGCCGUGAGGCAUGGGAUUCGUUCUCGAAGAACCCUAGCAAACCCGCUCUCGUCCUCCUCUCGCAGCUCUACUGUCACUACCUCCUGUUGACACCCGACGACGAGUUCUUCGCCCCUCAAGUCAACCCCCUGAGCAUCGACGAGGUCCUCGACCUCAGCUCCAUCUGGCGUGAUCUCGCUUACUGGGGAUACAUGCACGGUGUGGGGCCUGGCACCACCGCGAUCGGUACUGAGGAACAACGCUCGCUGUUUACUCGCGGCGUGACCCGCUUGUCUGAACGCAACGCGCGACGCAAGUUUGCUGCCGACGAGUUCUGGAUCAUGCAGACUCUGCAGGCAGACCCCAAGGGCUUUAUCGAGGCUGUCAAGUUUGAGGCGGCCGAGUUUGACGCCGUGGAACCAGGCCACGAGAACCCCCAGCCGCAGUGGGGCGCGCGGUACACCACCCGUCGGCAGAUUGCCUACAUCUCCCCACGCCUCGGUCUGCUCAACAACCUUCCCAUGGCGGUGCCCUUCCAGACGCGUCUCGAGGUGUUCCGCCAGUUUAUCAAGGCUGACAGGGAACGUCUCGGUAUCACCAGCCGCUACGACCCACGGCAUGUGCGUCACCGCGCAACGAUCCGUCGGUCCGACCUCGCACACGAUGGCUUCCGCCAGCUCAACGACGUUGGCCCGUUACUCAAGGGAACGAUCGAGAUUACGUUUGUCGACCAAUGGGGACAAGAGGAAGCUGGUAUCGACGGCGGUGGCCUGUUCAAAGAGUUCCUUACCAGCUUGAACAAGGAGGCGUUUGACACGGAGCGCGGCCUGUGGCUCACCAAUUACAACAACGAGCUGUACCCCAACCCGCACCAGUAUGCCACGGAGCCGCACCAGCUCGCGUGGUACGGAUUUAUCGGAAGAGUGCUGGGCAAGGCACUGUAUGAGGAUAUCCUCGUCGACGUGUCGUUUGCAGGAUUCUUCUUGGCAAAAUGGCUGGGCCGCCAGUCCUACCUUGACGACCUCGCGUCACUCGAUCGCGACCUGUAUCGCGGUCUCAUCCUGCUGAAGAAUUACCCCGAGCCCGAGGAGCUGUCCCUCAACUUUACCGUCACUGAAGAAGACUUUGGCGUGGCCCGCUCCGUCGACCUGGUCCCCGGUGGUUCCGACAUUGCCGUCACGGCUGACAACCGACACGAGUACAUCCAGCUUGUGUGCCGCUACAAGCUCGACAAGCAAUUUUCCCUGCAGUCCCGCUCGUUCUUUGCCGGCCUGUCUGACCUGAUUGACCCCAAGUGGCUGCGCAUGUUUGACCAGACGGAGCUCGCCCAGCUUCUCGGUGGCGAGGAGACGCCCAUCGACCUCGUCGACCUGCGCGAACACACCAACGUCACCGGCUUUGAGAGCGGAUACACGCCGCAACUCUUCUGGCGCGUCGUCUCUACGUUUACGCAGGAACAGCAGCGCGCCUUGCUCCGUUUCGUCACCAGUUGCUCGCGCCCACCGCUUUUGGGAUUCAAGCACCUCAACCCCGGUUUUGCGAUCCGCAAUUCCGGCGCGGACACGGAACGUCUCCCGACUGCAAGCAGCUGUGCCAACUUGCUCAAGCUGCCCGAUUACAAGGACGAAAAGCUGCUCAGGACGAAACUGUUGCAGGCUAUUACGAGUGGCGCGGGAUUCGACAUGUCCUAG